AUGGGUAUCCACGUCCUGCUAGCAUCUACAGCGCUAAAGACAAUAAGUGUGACUGGCUUAUGGUUGAUACCUCUGUUGCUGGGAGCGCUUACUUAUCACAAUUAUAAUUCGUAUGAUCCAGAAGCUAAAGUUUUGGAUAAAGAACCGAGAAAGGAGUAUGAUUUUGUUGUCAUCGGAGGAGGUUCAGCUGGGGCAGUGGUUGCGAGUCGGUUAUCGGAAGUCAAAAACUGGAACAUUCUUCUAUUAGAAACAGGUCCAGAUGAAAAUGAAAUAACUGACGUCCCUUCGCUAGCGGGCUACUUGCAGCUAACGAAGUUGGACUGGCAGUACAAGACCGAGCCGACCGCGUAUGCAUGCUUGGGCUUCAAGAAGAGGAGGUGCAGCUGGCCUAGAGGAAAGGUGCUCGGAGGCUCAAGCGUACUAAAUUAUAUGAUAUAUGUACGUGGAAAUCGGUUUGACUUCGAUCAAUGGGAGUCAUUUGGCAAUCCUGGCUGGGGAUAUCGAGAAGCUCUCAGAUAUUUUAUCAAAUCCGAAGACAACAGAAACCCAUAUUUAGCCAAAAGUAAAUAUCAUGGUCGUGGAGGAUACCUUACAGUCCAAGAAGCUCCUUGGAGAACACCACUAGUUGCCGCCUUCGUAGAAGCAGGCGUAGAAAUAGGUUACGAAAACAGAGAUGUUAAUGGUGCAGUUCAGACUGGAUUCAUGAUAGCACAAGGUACAAUAAGACGUGGAUCUAGAUGCAGUACAGCCAAAGCUUUUUUAAGGCCAGUUCGAACUAGGAAAAACCUAGAUGUAUCCUUACAUUCACAAGUGACAAGAGUGUUAAUAAAUCCUAUGACAAUGAAAGCUUACGGAGUGGAAUUUGUCAAGCAUGGAGUAAAAAGAGUAGUUUAUGCGAGAAAAGAAGUUAUUUUAUCAGCUGGAGCCAUAAAUAGUCCACAGUUACUAAUGUUAUCGGGAAUAGGACCUCAAAACCAUUUGAGAGAUGUCGGAAUACGGGUUCUAAAAGAUUUACCCGUUGGCGAAAACUUACAAGACCACGUCGGUGUUGGAGGUUUGACUUUUCUAGUCGACAAACCAGUUGCGAUUGUCCAAAACCGUUUCCAAGCGUUUCCUGUAACUAUGAAUUAUGUAGUAAAUGAGCGUGGACCAAUGACCACUUUAGGUGGUCUAGAGGGCAUCGCAUUUGUAAAUACUAAAUACGCCAACAGCACCGGUUUGUGGCCUGAUGUACAAUUCCAUAUGGCGCCAGCCUCCUUUUCAUCUGACAAUGGACAGAUCGUUAGAAAAAUUCUUGGCUUGACAGAUGAGAUUUAUGACCAAGUAUACAAACCAAUAGCUAACAAAGAUGCUUGGACUAUAAUGCCCUUAUUGUUACGUCCAAACACAAGGGGCUACGUAAGACUAAGGAGUUCCAAUCCCUUCCACUAUCCGAUAAUGAAUCCACGAUACCAUGAGGAUCCCCUUGAUGUCGCCAGGUUAGUGGAAGGGAUAAAAAUAGCUUUAAAAGUUGCAAGCGCAUCACCUUUCAAACAAUUUGGUUCUAGACUUUACAUGAAACCUUUACCGAAUUGCAGACAAUAUAAAUUUAUGUCAGACGAAUAUAUAGAGUGUCAAGUGAGAUCAAUAUCUAUGACAAUAUAUCACCAAUCUGGGACCGCAAAAAUGGGCCCAGCUUGGGAUAAAGAGGCUGUAGUUGAUCCAAGACUGAAAGUGUAUGGUGUGGAAGGGCUUAGAGUAAUAGAUGCAAGUAUAAUGCCUACAAUUGUGAGUGGAAAUACUAAUGCUGCAGUGAUAAUGAUAGGGGAGAAAGGUGCGGACAUGAUUAAAGAAGACUGGUUAGGAGGAAUGCGGUGA